UGCAGCGACUUCAUCUAAAUGUGCUCCUUAAACACAUCAGGUGACUAUGGACAGAAGCGUAGUAUUAGCAGCUUUAGUUGCAUUAUUGAUCUAUCCAGUAAUCCUGGUGAUCCAGGCGUGGAUGAGAAGACGUAAAUUCAUCGAAUUAGUCGAAAGACUACCAGGACCGAAAGCGAAGCCUCUGGUCGGAAACACUAUGGAUUUUAGAGUUCCAAGAGAAGAAGUGUUCAAAGUUUUUGCCAAAAGAAUCAAAGAAAACGGUCCAUUAUUUAGAGUUUGGGCUGGACCAAUUCCUGUCGUAAUUAUCAGAAAGGCUGAAUAUUUAGAGACCAUAAUGUCAUCUUCAAAGUACAUCGACAAGUCGUAUGGAUAUAAAUUUUUGCAUCCAUGGUUAGGCCUGGGUUUAUUGACAUCUUCAGGUUCGAAAUGGUUAAACAGGAGAAAAAGUCCUAACUCCAGCGUUCCAUUUUGGCACUCUCGAAGGCUUUUUCGACAACAUCCAAGUGCAGGCUCGAAUUCUUGUCAAACUGUUGAAGAAGCAUGCAGUGGACGGUGA